AUGAAUUGGGAGUCCAAAGUCUAUUUCCUGACAUUGGUCCGGGACAAUCGGUACAAACUCUUCUCGCACCUGAACAAUCAACUAAACGACGCGGCCAAGGAGGAGAACUGGCGAAAGAUCUUCGAACAAUGUGUUGCGUACGGCUGUAACGGGCUGCGAUCAGUGGACUUUUUGCGCAAAACCACAUGGCAGAACUUGCGUCGGCGGUUCGAGCACAAAUUCGAGAAAUCCGCGACAGAUCCGACGGUGGAAUUCGAUCAACUCGACGAACUGAUAAGGGAGGCGUUGGGCCGUGGAAACGAGAAGCUGGACCGCUCGAUUUUCGAGCAGUUCAGUCUGGAAAACUUGUCGGACAUCCAGAACCACUCCCCCAAUUCGAUCUUCGCCCCACAUUUGGACUUGAAUGCGAGCAGCAGCGAAGAGUCCUCCCAGAUCACCACCAACGACAUACAUGACAAGAAAGACGAGCUGUUGCUGAGUCUGGAGAGCCUCACCAAACAGGUAUGCAGCGAUAAUGUUUGGAGCGUCCAGAGAGAGUUUUGUUUUUGCAGGGAACGUCCGGAAAUUUGACCCCGCCCCCGUGGUUCGGCCGUUUUUUUUAAUGGAGCCGUGGGUCGAUUUUAUGCAAAGUUUUUGAAUUUUCUUUUUGUUAUUAUUCAAUUUCAAGAUUCCGGACGUUCUCUGCAAUGGUAUUCUACGAUUUUUUUGGGGGUUUUUUUGAAAGAUUUGAUUUUUUCAGUUUUUCAAAAAAAAUUUUUGAUGUUUUUGAUCGAAAUUAUAAUAAUAUCAAAAUUAGAAUGUGUAAAAAAUUAUUUGGAAGAUUCAAAAAUACGAUUUCUAUAGAAAUUUUUAAUAAUUUUGAGAAUUUUCGACAAAAAAUUUGGAAUUUUAGCGAUUUUUCUGAAUUUUAUGCAAUUUUCCGCUUAUUUUUUGACAUUUUUCUUUUUAAUUUUUUUAGCUUUGUCAUUUUAAAUUUGUUUCUCGUGAUUUUCCCGAGAUGAAAUUUUAUAUAAUUUUCAUUUUUUUUUAUUAAUCAUCACCUUUUUUUCAGAUAAAUCAGAAGCAAGAAGAGGAUCAGCAACUGCAGAACGGUCAAAACGACCUGGAAGUGGACACCUCGCCGCCCACCCUUCGCGUCGCCCCCAUUCCCACGCCAACGCCCGCCUUCUCGAACGCGUCGUCGUUGAAGCGGCGCCGCCUGUCGCACGUCAUCUUCGACAAGAUGAACGGGAUCACGCCGCUCGAAAAGAUGGACCUGAAUCAGUUGGAGCGCGAGAAGUUGAUCGCCCAGAUCAAGUGGCUCGAAGCCGACACGGAGCUGAAGCAGGUCCAGAAACGCAACGCCGAACUGGAGACGGAAAUGAAACAGCUGCAGUACCUGAAGCUGCAGAAGGAAAGCCUGACCGAAAUGGGCUUGAUGUAG